ACAUGAAGUGAGGUUCGGACAGAGGAUGCUGCUGCCGCUGCUCUGGUAACCCCUCACCUACAUCAUCCUUUUGUGCACGCUUUGCCCAGCUGCCACAGCGCCGGCAUUGGUUCGUCAACCGGACACACGUAGGCGCGGAUCCAACGGACCAACCCCCUUUUUCCCUCGAACCACACACACACACACGCACACACCCCCGGACAGACUGGAGAGCCGGUGAGCGGCGGGACAACCACCCGAACAGCAACGAGCGGCACCGAGGGAGGUGUGAGACAGUGCAGAUCCCCCUCAUUUUGGGCAGCUAUGGGACCUGAGGACAGAGCCAGACCAGGCCCGGGCGGGACGGCAGUCCACCCUGUGGGAGCGCAGGCCCGCUUCUUGCCACCGGCGUCUGGAGGCAGCGACGAGGGGCCCGACGCCCAGCAGACCCUGGUGUGCACCCCGAGGUGCGUGCAGGCGGAGAGGGGGUCCGCGGACAGCCGGCAUCACAAGGACACAACAUCAAUCCAGCUGCAGGAGAGGGAGGCCGCUUCCUCGCGUACGGCGGCACCCACAAUGCACAGCUUCCGCAGCCCAGAGUCGGUGGAGAUGGACGAGAUCAUGGCGGCCAUGGUUCUGACCAGUCUGUCCUGCAGCCCCGUGGUCCAGAGCCCCCCGCCGAACGAUCCCAGACCAGCCGGCUCCUCUUCCACCGCCGACAUGGAGUGUGGCGGCGGCGAGCUCUCCGACAGCGGCAGCAGCGGCUACUGGAGCUGGGACCACGGCAACGUAAGUCCCGCCCCCUCGCCAUCCGUCACAGAGAUGGACAGCAGCCCGGAUGAAGGCCUGCAAAUGGAUCUGGAGCAGGGGGAGGAGGUCCAUGCCAAAAAGCCCAAGAGCUCUUUCAGAGGGAUGUAUAAGUGUCUGUGGCCCAGCUGUGGCAAGGUGCUCACGUCUUCAGUUGGAAUAAAGAGACACAUACGUGUGCUGCAUCUGGGCAGUGGGUCGGAUCAGUCCCAGAGAGAAGAGGACUUCUACUACACCAGGAUCUCCUGUGAGGCCGAGGACUUCAGCUCCGCUCUGGCUCCGCUUCUGGCUCCGGCUCCGGCUCCGGUUCUGGCUCCUGCUCCUGCUCCUGCUCCGGCUCCUUCCCAGCAAGCUCCGUGCCAAGCCUCGUCCUCCCAUCUGAGCUGGGCCUCCCGCGGUUCCCCUCCUCCCUCUGGCCUGCAGAUCCCCCCAGCUCACAGGCCCAGGUCCAACUCCAGCUCCGAGGCCGGCAAGAACCGGGCCAUUCCGCUCAGCCAGUCGGCCCCCAGCAGCUUCUGGCAGAUCCACUCGGAGCACCUCUAUCAGGCCUGUAGCCCCGUCCAGGUAUCUGAGGCCUUCAGAAGCCCCGGCUGCCAGGGUUGGACCCCUUCCACCUCCAUCUCUGGCCACAGUAACACUCCGGUGGUAAAACCUCGGUGUCGGUCCGUCAGCGUUGGGGAACAGUGGCUCCAACAGAACAGGCUGCAACCAAUAAGUGUGUCUCCUUUGCGCACUCACUGCUCCUUCAGAAAGGGUCGCGGCGAGGCCAAAAAGUGCCGCAAGGUGUACGGAGUGGAGCGCAAGGACCAGUGGUGCACCGCCUGUCGCUGGAAAAAGGCCUGCCAGCGCUUCCCCGACUAAAGACUGUGAUGGAGAAAGAGACAGGACAAGUGGAUGGAUGGAUGGAUGGAUGGAUGGAUGAGUGAGAGAAAAAGAGACUAUUAUCAAAAAGAGGAUAUAAAUCCGGGCCCGAGAGCCAUCAAGAAAAACCACACUUCUGUUUUUUUUACUUUCAGGCUACAUCCACUCUAACACGUUUUCAUUAUAAACGCCUGGUCACGUUUAUGUCCACGCUAAUCUGACCAUAUCAAAAUGCUUUAGGACAGGAAAUGAAAAGUCUUCAUUUCAGUAAAUAUGUUGUAGCCAACUUGUUUCUGUACAGGGCUUGUACAGCAAUGCAGUAUUUCAUGAAUAUGAGAUCAUUACAAUCCCUCCUUGUUGUUGCGGGGAGAGUUCAUGGCUCUUCCGCAGGUUACACCUCCAGUCUAGUUAUAUCUCUGGCUCGGACUUGUUGUCUUUUUGAUUUUUACUUUUGGUUUGUACGCCCACUGGUGUUUCAGAGCAGAAGGCCCCGCGUAGAAUAUAUCACCUCCACAGAUACUCACAAAGGUCUCGCUGCCGUGUGGAGUUCUGUUCAUUCAUCUCCUUCACUCCAUUUCUGUAAUAUGUACAGCGCCACUCCUCAGAAGUACACCUGCUUUAGCUGUACUUAUUUCCCCUCCUCAAAGCACAAACACUACAAUUCAGUACUGUAUUCCUGGUUUCAUCAUUUUCAAACAUAGGCUAACAGAUCCGGGUUGUGAAAAAAUAGAAUGGUGCCAGUACCGGGCCAAACUAAGGCCUGCACCCGACCCCUUUCCUGGAGAAAAAGAAUCAUUCAGUUCAAUUCAUCCAAUCCAAGCUGUGCCUCAAUUCAGUGGGCUGCAUCCUCAUGAGGACUCAGUCUUCUGGUCUACCUUCGGCCGGGUCCUCCUUCCUGCUUGGGUCAUCAGCUUCACCUCCAUAGCUCCCGUUGCCUAGCAACCUGCAGCGUUUGACAGUAAAAGCCUAUAAACCCGAAAAAACGUAUAAAGUACAGAUAGAGAAGAAAUCUUUUUAUUUUUUCAUUUUAUUCAAGAACAUAUGCUUCACCAGAUGCGUGAUAUAUUUCAAUAACGUUCGAGGGAUUUUAAGUUCAAUUAAUAUUGGUACUUUUAGCUAAAAGUAAUAUUGCAAUCUUAAGGCAGAGGAAAUCAAUCAAAACAGUCAACUAAAUCCACAACAGCAAACACAUUUAUUAACUCGUAAGCACAGACAUUUUAUUUUCUUCUUACAUAUUCAAGCUAAUUUAACUGUAACUUAAGAUAUUACAGAAUAUGUCCAAGCUAGAGUAGCUGAAUGUCCCCACACACAUGGUUCUCCUUCAGCUCCAUAAAACAUAACUAAAUGUAAAGUUUAUAAUCACACAUUAAUCCAACAGGAGCAAAGCUAGUUCAGUUUCUUUGUUUAUUUAUUCUGUAACAUUACUGACUUAGAAAGUGAUAUUUCAGGUUCAUAAUAUGAUGUAUAAACUAUAUAUAGACACCCCUGCUCUACAGUGUGGAAGUUAAGGCAUUAACUUUUCAAUAAGAAAUACAGUGAAUUCUAUUACUCAACGUUACAAUUUAAAAGUGAAGUCUUCCCUGCUGUUGGCUCACCUGCCUCCGCUCUGAAUAAAUUAAAUCCUCGUCAGCCCGUACUGCUGGUAGACCAGAUGUGUCCUCCACACCGGCUCCUGGAGGGCUGCGUCCCUCGGCCACGUUCAAGGAUCCCACGGAACACCAUGGUUGAGACGGCCAAGGGACGAAUGCGUCCUUAAGGAUGCAGCCUAGCCGGAUUGAGACACACCCGAGGUCAUUGGUGUCACCUAGUGGUGAGAUUGCAGAUUGAAACUGAUUGAAACUGCAUAAACGGCUUACUUAAAGGAAACAAAAACACAUUUUUCAGGCAAUUGUACAUUGUAUAAAACUGGGUCCUAGCUAAGAAAUCUCUGGUCUCCCUUUUGUUCUUCAAACCACUGAGUAGACGAUCGGCUUCCUGUUUACACUCAAACGCCCAGCGAAGGUGACGGUUCCUGUGACAGGUGUUUACAGCCGUGUUGUAUGGUUGGAGGUCACUUCUAGAAACGGUGCUAAAACGCUUGCGUCCACAGAGGUGUUGGAGUGGAUGUAGCCUCUUUCCUAAAGAAAUGCAAAAGGACUUUUCUGUAUCUUUGUAACUUGAUCCUGAACUCUGAAGUCUGCGAUGGUGCUAACUGUUGUCUGACUCUGGUCAUGUGAUGUGCUAAGCCUACAAUACUCUCCUACUUUAUCCAAAGGUUCAUAUUACUACCCUGUAGCUCCACUGUAUUAGACAGCUACUUGGCUGUUGUCUGUAUACCAAUACUCUCUUCCAGUGGUUACACAGUGGUCAUGAUGUUCAUUCGAUUUUGUGCUUUGACUUACGUACAAGUAUUUAAACCUUCUUUUUUUUAUCGUCUCGUUCCGCCUGUGUAUUGGGCAUAGUUUUUUUUUUUUAUUAUUCAUGUUUUUUGGCACUUUGUUGGACUAUAAACUCACAAGAAUAAGCUACAUUUGGUUUGACUCAACCAAGUUACUGUUUCCUUCCUGCCCCUCUGUUGGCAUACAACCAGUGUUAAUGGUUUUUCAGCUAUGGAGUCAUGGCAGCGGGACUAGUAUUUGGGAAAUGAGUAAUAGCAAUAAAAUCAUUUAAAAAAAAGGAAAUAUAUUGUCAAACACAAAUU